CCCGCGGGGCGGGGCGUGGCGGGCCGUGGGGUGGCGGGAACGCGGGGCGGCUGCCGGCAGUGCUGAGGGGAGAGACAGACAGCUCUGAGGCGACGGCGGCCAUGGCAGACCACGAAGCGGGGGUCCCGCCUAAGGGGCGGCGGAUGCACGAUGACUCUGAUACUGGCCUUGGUGUCUGUGGAUGGAUCCUGGUGAUCACUUCGCUUUUUUUCACUGUUAUUACAUUUCCUGUAUCAAUCUGGAUGUGCAUAAAGAUUAUAAAGGAAUACGAGCGCGCCAUCAUAUUCAGACUUGGACGCAUCCUAAAAGGGGGAGCGAAGGGACCAGGCUUGUUUUUUGUCCUGCCCUGCACAGACAGCUUCAUCAAAGUUGAUAUGAGGACCAUCUCUUUUGAUAUUCCUCCCCAGGAGAUCUUGACCAAGGACUCUGUGACAGUUAAUGUAGACGGAGUGGUUUAUUACAGAGUUCAGAACGCCACCCUUGCCGUAGCAAAUAUCACGAAUGCUGACUCAGCCACCCGCCUUCUAGCCCAGACUACUUUGAGGAAUGUUCUGGGGACCAAAAACCUUUCUCAGAUUCUCUCUGAUCGUGAAGAAAUUGCGCACAGCAUGCAGGCCGCACUUGAUGAGGCGACAGAUGAUUGGGGCAUUAAGGUGGAGCGUGUGGAGAUCAAGGACGUGAAAUUACCCGUCCAACUGCAGAGAGCAAUGGCUGCAGAAGCAGAGGCUGCCCGGGAGGCAAGAGCUAAGGUGAUUGCAGCCGAGGGGGAAAUGAAUGCUUCCAGGGCCCUGAAAGAGGCAUCCACGGUUAUUGCGGAGUCCCCUGCUGCUCUCCAGCUUCGUUAUUUGCAGACCUUGACCACCAUUGCUGCAGAAAAGAACUCCACCAUCGUCUUCCCAUUGCCCAUAAACAUACUGCAGGGCAUCUUAGGAAAAGAUCAAUAGGAAGAGCGGGAGGGGAGAGUUUGGGGCGUGUGUUUUUGCUACAGUGAAUGUUUGCAAUGCUGAAUUCCCUGUGUAUUGUAGCUUAUGGCAGUGUUAACAAAGUGGUUUUGCUGAGGAACCUCUUUUGUUCUCUUGUGUUACAAAGCUAUGUAAUGUCUGUAAAUAUGGACGAUCGAAAUUAUUUGUAAUUGAAAACCUCUCCCAAUGAGUACAAGCAGGGAUCUUAAAUAAGCACGUGUCCGUGCUAUCCUGGAUGGGACGCCCUUAAUCUAUGACCUCCCCUUUUCAAAUAGUACGUAAACCCAGGUGUGGUGAAGAUGGGAUGAGCCAGCAUUUGGAAAGAGAAGUGUUCCUUUUAACAAAUGGGGCUGUAACCCUGCAGGGAGGGUGGAACAGCCCUGACUGCAAACCCUCGGGGCGCAGCUUAUGUGGUGAAGUCGCCUGGCUGCCAGCAUGCGGCUGGGUUCUCUCGCUUGCACAAGGAAGGGAAAUGGAAGUUGAGAGAGGAGUGAGGAUACAAUACCGGUGUGUCCGAAAAUCAGGCUCACGCGCCCUAGAGAAGCCCCCCAUUCACGAGCAGCAGUCGUCAGGUGACGUUGCUGAAGGGGAACUUUGCACCUCUGUUCUGCCACACGUGGCCGUGCCCUAGUUAGGGAUACAGCGUGCUCGCAGCCUCUGAGGGGCUGUUCCGUGGCGUGCUCUAUAGGUUGGUGCGGCUUUAAAGCCCUGAAAAGUGGUUGGGUUUGCCUUUAUCUGUCUCCCUUAAAAAUGAUUUUAAAAAGCCAAAGUACUGAUGCCUGCAUUUUAUCCAGGUCUAAAACCUGCUUCUCUAGGAAGUAAGAUCUCUGUAACUGGUGGGGGCGUGAUGUUUAACAGAGGAUGCUGUACUGUUUAUGUAUGUGGUAACAAAUUGGUGAUUUACCUGCUGGUGCUGCUCCUGAGCAGAGCUGUAGUGUUUGUGACACAAAGGGCUUACACUUAAUACCAAAAGCCUGUAAUCUUCAGUUCACGUAGUCUUGAGCUGCAAGUCUGUUAAACCGUAUUCGCGUUUUGUACCUGUUCAGCAGAUGUAAUUACAGGUUAAAAGAGAAGAAUUAGAGACUGCGCGGCGGGGGGAGCUCCUUGGGCUGCCCCCCUCACGGGGCCUGGCAUCUGGCCUUGAACCGUUGGGAGGUGGCAGUGGACAUGAACAGCCAAGAUCAACGCCACAAGUGCCCUUCUCGCACUGGCAGCAUAAAGUUCCAAACCUGGUUUUUUAUCACCCUCCCGCUAUGAUCAGCUCUUACUGAGAGGUGCCUUAGUAAGAACAAGGACUAACUGUGCCUCCAUAGGCGGUGCCUUUGUCGCCGUUAGGAAAAGACACCCAAGCGCUGUAAGGGCGGGAGCCAGCUGGCGCUUUUCCCUUCUGCCUGUUUGCUCUGAACUCUCUUUCUCCCUUCUGAAUGAUAACUGCAGAUGGGUAGAUCGCUUUUAUUAACUCUACACUAGUUAUUACAUUAACUUCCGUUAAUAGAAGCUGAGCUUGACUUUUUGCUGGGGGGGUUGGGGUGCAGAAACACAGUUAACAAGGAUGUAAUAAUUAGCAUUACUGUGCUCACACGCCUCAAGUGGGAAACAGUAACUGCGCAGCUCGAGGCUCACCCUUGGGGAAGAGGAGUGAACCUGUAAUGCCUGCCGUUGCUGCCGUAGAUGGGUGCCCAGGAAGCCUUGUUGACACCAGGAGCGUGCUUUUUGCUCUCAGCCUGAAUAAAAAAAAAUGUGCUGUUU